AUGACAGACUUUCCAAGGAAGCCAAAAUAUUCAGCAACUCGCCGACUGCAUUUGAAGUCCAAACUGCUGAAGAAGGCAGCUUCUAUGCUGGUGGCUGAAAGCGAAAGGAAGAAACAAGAGAAGGAAAGAGUUGUGAGCGAGUGCUUUCCUCCACUGAAGCUGUCAGGUCUGUCGGUCCAGGAGCUCCAGGAUCUUUGCAAAGAACUACAUCGUAAGAUCGAUGUUGUAGAUGAAGCUCGUUAUGAUUUAGAGGUUAAAGUAUCCAAAAAUGACACAGAGAUCCAGACACUGAAUCAGAAGGUCAUUGGGCUUAAGGGGGCAAAGAGGCCCAACUUGAAGAGGGUGAAGAAAUCCACAGACGACAUGCUGGGUGCAUGCACCGACACCACCAAACUCAUGAAAUCUGAUUUCAAGGCCAACCUUAAAACAGUGAAGAAGGAUGAAGAAAAGAAGGAAGAAGUAACCGACUGGCGUAAGAACGUGGAGGCCAUGUCCGGUAUGGAGGGCAGGAAGAAGCUGUUUAACGCAGGACAAUAAGAAGAAUCAUUGUCCAAAUUCAAGAAGAAGUUUCUAUUGCUGGAUGAAAUAAAAACUGGUUUUGUAAAGAAUGAUAUCAACAAUAGGCACUUAAAACAUGUAACAAGAGGCACUAUUUAGAUUAUACAAUAUUAAAAUAGUUUCAUCUUUAUUUAAUGUAAACAUGUAUGUUAAAAUAUCACUGUAUGGCAUGUAUGUAAUA